CAAGCGCCAGCCGGGGCUGCGGAUACAUUUCUGCGCCGUGCACCUUCUGUGCUCGUCUCGUCUGCAGACAGGAAGCUUUUUUUUUUCUUUUUUCUUUUUUUUAUCGCCACUUUUCUAUACAGCGCAGGAUGGGAUGGUUUGCUUUAGUCGACGCCUUGUUUCUCCCUCACACAACGCGCUUCUGCAGAAGUUCCAGCGACUAGCGGGGCGACUCCUCGAAGCGAACCAGUUUCUCCACUUCUGGACCACCUGAAAGGAGAGGAGGGGGGGGGAGGAAAGCAUCUCUGCACCACAAGAGGAGGGAAAAUGACCUCGGAAACUCUGGAGCCCUCCAAAGAGCUUGGUCCAGACAUAAGCCAGGAGGAGUUGGAUUUCUCAGACCUGUUUUUGUACACCCCACCUGACGAUGACUUCCCCAACAAAGAUGGGCUUCUCCUUCAUAAGCACGACCAGCCUCCCUCACUGGUGGUGCAUCACCUCAGCGCCGAGCUCGGCCCUGAGGCCUCCAACAAACCACCCGGCACCUACAGCCCUGCUACAGAUCAUUUGUCUGCUAUGGCGGCCGGGUUUGACCUGAUGAGCUCCACCUCCAGACCGGGGACCAUCCCCACCCCAAGCCCCAGGAUAGAGAUCACGCCGUCGGGUGACUCGCUCAGCUCACACCCACUGGUAUCGAGCCCCGGCUCCGCGGCGCUGAGGUUCUACAGGGAUCAGCCGUGCGUCAGCCCGGCCAGCAGUAACUCCUCUACUGGCUGGCCGUCGGAGGGUUACUCCCCCCUGGCUUCGCCUUGCGUCUCCCCCAACGGAGGUGGGAGCAGCCUGGUGUCCGCCGCCGUGGACCUCUGCCCGAGCCUUCAGGGAAUCCACACCUCCUCCUCUCCAGGGGCGUCGCCCCGCAACAGCAUCACCGACGAGACCUUCCUUUUGCCGCAGCACCAGCGGGCCUCCUCGCCGCUGCCACACCCGCGCUCCCGUUCCACCUCCCCGCAGGGGAAACGCACCUAUGACCAGACCAGCAACCCCAGCGUGGGGGGUACCUCUGUCAAACAGCGCUCGCGAAGCCCCAGCCCCAUCCCCUCGACCCACAACCAGCAGGGGUCCUGCUACCCCCACCACUACCAGGCCGUGGCUGAGCCCCUCCCGCAGGCCCCCAGCCUGGAGGAGAUGCUGAGCAGCCUCAGUUCCAGUCUUCCCAGGCCAAUACCCUCCAAUGUGGUGAGGGUCGACGAAGAGAGCUGUUUGUACGGGCCGCCCAUCCACAGACAGGACUGUGUGCGAGGAGACGCACAGGGCUGGAGGUUCGAGGAGGACGGAGGAGUCCGGGCGGGGUCUGAGAUUAAGUCCGAAACCUUCUAUAUCCUCUCGUCGGUGCUGCCGCCUCCUCACCCGGGUCCCCAAGCUGUGUUUAGCAAUCUCCCCGUGGCCCCGUUUCCCUCUCUGGAGUGGCCCUUACCCUGCCAGUCCGGACAGUACGAGCUAGUGAUCCAACAACAACCCAGAUCUCACCACCGAGCCCAUUACGAGACCGAGGGCAGCCGGGGAGCGGUCAAGACACCCAACGGAGGACAUCCAGAGGUUCAGCUUCUUGGAUAUGACGCGGGCCAUCUCGGUCUGCAGGUCUUCAUUGGGACGGCCGACGAGAGGGUCCUGAGACCCCACGCCUUCUAUCAGGUCCACCGCGUCACCGGUAAGACCGUCACCACACCCAGCAUGGAGAGGAUGGUCAACGGGACUAAAGUCCUGGAGAUCCCUCUGGAGCCAAAGAACCAUAUGAGAGCCAUGAUCGACUGUGCGGGGAUCUUAAAGCUCAGGAACGCCGACAUCGAGCUGAGGAACGGCGAGACGGACAUCGGGAGGAAGAACACGCGUGUGCGCCUGGUGUUUCGUGUCCACAUUCCCCAGCCGGGAGGACAGCUCCUGUCUCUGCAGGUCGCCUCCAAUCCCAUCGAAUGCUCUCAGCGCUCAGCCCAGGAGCUUCCCGCGGUGGAAAGACAAGACGUGGACCGCUACUCAGUGCUCGGUGGGACCCAAAUGGUCCUGACCGGACAAAAUUUCACCUCCGACUCCAAAGUGAUCUUCUCAGAGAAGACCCAAGACGGCCAGCAAAUCUGGGAGGUGGAGGCCACUAUAGAUCGAGACAAAACCCAGCCUAGCAUGCUGUUUGUUGAGGUCCCGCCCUAUCGAGACCCGACCAUCUACCACCCUGCCAAAGUCAACUUCUAUGUGAUCAACGGCAAGAAGAAACGCAGUCAGCCUCAACACUUCACCUACACCCCCCUUAUAGCCGUUAAAGCAGAGCCACUCGAUGACCAUUUCAACCUGUAUGACGGCCUGGAGUCUCAGCCUCAUGGCCCGUCACCCAAGUCAUUCUACCACCAACCGGACCGGCGCAGCAACCCAAGAGACCUGACUGUUUCUCAACAUCCCCACCAUCUGACCGCUGCCGAGGCUGGAGCCUACGGGUCGUCCCCCCACUCCCUGGAGGACCACAUGGCCUACUACCCCUCCAGAGCCAUCGCUCUGCAGAGCAGCCCGGUGUUUUACCACGAUGUGAACCAGCUUUAUGGCGGGUCGGGGAUGACCCAUCUCAGCAGCUCUCCAACUCAGAGGCACAACGCCGGGCCACAGCACUGCCACUACCCCCCGUCCCUGCUCGCCCACGUCCCCUUCACCCCCACCUCCACCUCCACCUCCAGCCGCUGCGAGGGCGCCUCAGUCCCGCCGGCUGAACUCCAACGAGCGAGCGACGGCUACCAGGCGAUGGCCACCUUUGUCCAGGGCGAUGAUUUGUUCGAGGCCUGUUUGGCACCGCGACACGGGGUUUACGUGCAGACAGCAGUGCCCCUGGGAAAGACGGCGCCUUUGAGAUACAUCCAAGGUCAAGCCAUGGAAAAUCCAGGAACGAGGGCAGACCCGGAUGGUCAGCCUGCAUCCCAGAAGGGCCAAGUUACAGGUCAUCUAGGAGAUCUGCUUCCUGAAAAGGUCACUAUCAAACAAGAGAACCUCAACCACGCCUAUCUGGAAGAUGUGAAUGACAUCAUAAGAAGAGAUAUGAAAGCCCACGGCGGAGAGCGAUCUUGAAGACCUGGAGGGUCCCCGUGGUUUAGUAGGACUGGGAGGUUUGACUGGAAACCUGUCCACUGAGGGGGAUCUCUGAAUCUGAAGGGUUAUAACUCGUGAAUACAGAUCCUCUUGCUCGAGGUGGACUUCAAACUCGCCCCGGAAGGAUUUAUCCGAGGGCCAUAAGUUAAAAUAGUGGCAGACAUUCGAAGAAGAGAAGAAAAUCAUCAGCAACAGCAAAACAGUAGAUUUCUGUUUAUUUUAGAUGGUCCCACAUAUCAGAGAUACAUUAUUUUAAAUACUUAAAAGAGAUAAAUAUACUUUAAUUACAUAUAUAAUUACAUAUGAGCGAUAAAUUAUAUCACUGCCUAUCACAAUGAAGACAAUGCAGCAGGUGUAGUGCUUUUUUCUACUCUACAGCCAAGCUUGUGUUUGUUUUAUCUGUACAUAGGCUUAGUGUGACUGUUAAAAAACCAUGUGAGAAAAGUAUUUUAUGUCAAUAAAUAUUUUCUUCAUA